AUGGAACUAAAGAGUCGACUCCAAUUACCUAAGACUGGGCGAAAGACAGCGGACCCUGAAGAGGAUAACAAAUGGUAUAGCCGACCCCUGGAGGAUCAAAUAGUGAAUGGAAAGCAAUUCAAUCCACCUGUUGAGUUUGGAGUAGCGGUACUUGAGAAGUCUAUUAUUAUACCGCCGUGUGGAGUUUACGGCCUACAUAAUGCCAUCACUUUCAACCGCGUCCCCGUAUCCACAUCGGAUAAAGACAAGCAAAUGCUUUUAUCUCUCAUGGUCCAAGAAGAGGAGAGUUAUUCGGCUAACGCAUGGAUUUCAAAGAGGCUUUCGAUUAGGUCGACUGCCCGAAUUUUUAUAUAUUGGAAUAAAGCGUAA